AGACGUGGCACAUAAACAGAGAGAGGAAGGAACAAGCUAGCAGCAGUCAAGUUUACUGAUGACAGCCCCGGAGCCGCCUUACAUGUGAAUUUGACAAGGAAGCUUUAAUGACAGUCGUACCACAUUACCUGAAGCGAACGGGACUUGAUUAAAAGUCUGUGUGAGAGCGCGGGUGGCUAUGGGUCUCUGCAAGUGUCCGAAGAGAAAAGUGACCAAUUUAUUCUGCUUUGAGCAUCGGGUAAAUGUGUGCGAGCAUUGCCUUGUCUCCAACCACAACAAGUGUAUCGUUCAGUCAUAUUUGCAAUGGCUCCAGGACAGUGAUUACAACCCCAACUGUACUCUGUGUAAUAAUAUACUGACUGCUCAAGACACUGUCCGACUGGUCUGCUAUGACGUAUUUCAUUGGUCCUGUCUUAAUAACUUGGCAUCUCGGCUGCCCCUCCAUACGGCUCCAGCGGGAUACCAGUGUCCCACCUGUCAGGGUCCAGUGUUUCCCCCUUCCAACCUUGCCAGCCCAAUUGCUGAUGUGCUGAAAGAACAGCUGUCAUCUGUUAACUGGGCUAGAGCUGGUUUAGGGCUGCCGCUGAUUGAAGAGCCCAGUGAGGUCCAUGAGGCGACCACAGCUAAUGAUGUCAGUGAUUAUACUGACUGGUCAACAUUUGACGUACAAGAACAAAAAAACAUUUACCCCAACCACUCCUACAACAGCCCACUACCAAAUCCUGUCUCACAUCCAGCACAGGAAGACCUUGGAGGUCCCCGUAAAAAUGGAGAUCCAAAUACGCAGGAGCACGCUGUGAUAAACUUAACUACUGCCACUACACAUGAUACAAUUACAUUACACACAGCAUCGUCACCAAGAAAGAUCUACGACACACGAGACAUUGGUCACAGCUCUGUCACACAGAUUGACUUUGACGAUGACAAGUAUCGGCGACGACCAGCGUUAAGUUGGUUUGCUCAAAUUCUCAAAAAUCGCACAGGUGGAAAGCGGACAUCUCUGUCCUGGAAACAGCGUGUCUUCAUGCUGCUUCUGGUCGGAGUUCUGGGAUUCUUUACAUUGAUAAUCAUCAUGGCUAAAGUUGGACGUGCCUCUGCUGGCUCAGACCCCAAUUUAGAUCCUCUUCUUAAUCCCAACAUCCGCGUGGGGAAAAACUGAUAACGCAUUGAUUUCUUCUCUUCCUUCUGUGUUACACAAUAUAAGUCUGUGUAUAACGAGCAGAAAUGGGACUUUCCAAUACAUGGUUAGCCCAACAGAGGGGGCCGUUUACCUUGAAUGGAAAAGAGAAAGAGACACUGCACCUCCUUUAGAAAUGCAGGCAAUCUCUGGCCACAUUCAUUUACAUCAGGCCACGGCCCUUUACAGACCAUAAAAAAAUCUCUCAACAUUCAGGAGAUUUCUAUGUUCCAAGCAAAGCAACCCACAAACUCCAAAGCUGACCAAUGCCGGUGCAUAUUGAGGAACGAUCCAAUAAUUGUUCUUUGAAAAGCUAAUGAUGAGGACGGGGUAAUAUUUAUAUUUAUAAUUCCAGCUAACAUUUGUCAGUGAUCUUUGUAAGUUGAUUUCUUUUAAAGUUCAGUAGAAACUAAAUAAACACUGUUGAUAUUGAAAGAACAUCUUUUGCUGGCAGAAAAUUCAUAAUGUAUAUAAUCAGCAACGCAACCUUCAAUAACGUCUACACGUUUAUAAACUGACUCCACUUACUGAUUUGAUUUGAGUGGACAUUUGCAUUUCUCUUUUAGAGAAGAUGUGGCCCUCAGAACUGGAAUCAAAUAUUGCCCACACGUAAUUAAUACAUAACUAUUCAUGGGUGUCUGCAUUCCUUCUGAAAUUAAGUGCAUUGGUUUUAGAUUUGCCAUACAUAACUGUAUGUACAUUUUCCUGAUGUUUUUUUGACUGUAUAUUAAAUGGGGAUACUACAGAA